CUCUCUUUCUUUCUUUCUCAUUCUCUAUCUAUCUCCCAGCUCCAUUCUUAUAUUUACACAAAUGUAUAAGAAAUGUGCCAGUAUUCAUAACAGCUUUGUAGAUAUGAAAUUGUCUGCUAACUACACUGUCAAUAAAACUUUUGUGUACAUUCUAUCACUUGCCACAAGCUAAGGUCUGAUAGACUGGACAAGCUUUUAAUAGAGGAAUUUGCCAAUUGGUCCAGCUUUUUUUCCCUUUGAUUACGUUGAUUAAGAAAUAGAAAAUAGUUUGAUCACAUAGUAACUGAUGGUAGUGAAGGAGUUACAGACUUCUAACAGCUUUUGUUUUUACAUUAGAAACGGGAGAACGUCGGGCUGUAGCAAGAAAGAGUACUAUGUCCCGUGCUGGGACUCCACCACGAGAAGUUCAACAAAGGAUUGAACAGGAGUCUAAAGGUUUUACUAAAAAACAUACUCUUCAUGAGAAAACCAUAAAGUUCAUGAGACAUAUCUGUUCGAAUAAGUGCUUGGGUCCUAAGGGUGAUAACAUGACUGAUCACAAGGGAUUGUCACCCCUCUUAUAUCCUAUGAUGUUUGGUUGGUACAGACAUAUUGUGAAGCAGCGUCGAAGAACAAUGGGACGGAAUGAAGUUUAUUAUGUAGCUCCUUGCGGUAGACGACUGCGCAGUGUAGAAGAAGUCUUCCGCUAUCUCCUUGAUACUGAAUCCAACCUUGAGAUUGACUGUUUCUCCUUUGAAUUGGCAGUGGAUACCUCUCAUGAAUGGGAACCAUUCAAAAAGAUUGUCAACAUUGAUGAUGUGUCCCUUGGAGAAGAAAAUGUACAGAUCUCGUGCGUCAAUUCCUUGGACGAAACCGCCCCUCAGACUCUAGUAUACAGCAAUGUUCGCCUUCCAACAGAACAUGUUCCACUCAACCUAGAUCCAGAAUUCUUAGUCUGUUGCGACUGUAUAGAUGAUUGCCAGGACAAAUCAAAAUGCCCUUGUUGGCAGUUGACAAUCCAAGGAACCCGCAUUUUGGAUCGCUCCGAGAACCCCAAUACAGGUUAUCAUUACCGCAGAUUGUCUGAACAAGUACAAAGCGGUAUUUAUGAGUGCAAUUCUAGAUGUAAGUGCAGCAACAUGUGCUUAAAUCGUGUUGUGCAACACCCACUGAGACUAAAGUUGCAGCUCUUCAAAACUGCACGUCGAGGCUGGGGCGUUCGAACUUUGCACGACAUUCCUAGAGGAGGCUUCAUCUGUGUUUAUGUGGGCAAGAUGCUGAAUGAGACUAUUGCUAAUGAGGAAGGCAAGAUGAUAGUGGGUGGAGAUGACUACUAUGCUGAGCUGGAUUACAUUGAAGUCAUGGAAAAUGCAAAAGAAGGAUAUGAGGAAGAAGUUGAGAAUAUUGAGGAAGAAAAUAGCAAGCUCUCCGUAGAAGGAAGUGCAAUUGCCGGGUCAGAUUCCACAGACAGUGAUGGUUUCUAUAGUGAAAAUGAAGUAGAUGACACGAAGGAUGAUCGGGACUUCAGCCAUCCAACAUAUAUGAAAAAGGUGGGACUAACCAAGAGAGAAAAGUCUGCCCGCCUUCAGGAACGCUCAUCGCGCAAUAACUUCUUAAAGAAAGGAAAAGAAAGUAAAGAUGGAAGUGGAUCAGGAUCUGCACCUGCAUCAGAUGAUGAAGCAUCCAAGUCAUCACAGCCUGAAAAGACAAAGGAAACAGAACCAAAGGAUGAUUCAAAAUCAGAAGAAGCAGCUGAUGAUUUUGAUGAUGAAGAUGAAGCAGAUGAGAAGCAACGCCGUCCACAAACAUUUGCUCCAAGUCAACUGCUGGCUACGCCUCCUAAGCAGAGGGCAAACAAGAGUGUGAGAGAGUAUUUUGGAAAAGACGAAGCAGUAUACAUCAUGGAUGCCAAACACACAGGCAAUAUAGGCCGUUUCUUGAAUCACUCGUGUGAACCAAACGUCUUUGUCCAGAAUGUCUUUGUUGACACUCAUGACCUAAGGUUCCCAUGGGUGGCAUUCUUCGCCAUCAGCAACAUCCGCGCAGGCACUGAACUCACGUGGGACUACAGCUAUGAAGUGGGCAGUGUACCGGGCAAGACUAAGUACUGCUACUGUGGUGCCAGAAAAUGCCGAGGGAGGUUGUUGUAGAUUGUAUUUUACCGUCUAUUUAUUUUUAUAAUCUAAAUAAUUUUUUUCACUUUUUAUUCCAUGUGAUGUUAUAAACUUAUUCACCGGUUCUAUUGAUGUAGUGGAAUAACUGAUGUGGUAGUUCAGUAAUGCUUUUCAUGCCUAUACAUUUACUUCUCGUGUCUUUUUUUUUAUGCUCUCGGUUUGCGCUGCUGGGCUUGUGUAGUCUUUAUGUGUAAGCUAUAUAGCCUACAAGCUGACUGACUAAAUAAACAUUAUCGGAUUCUUUGUUUAUUUAAUUUUGGAUUCCAGUUUUUUUUAAGUGUGGACAACAUGCUUACAUCUCUACAAGAGAGUGAGAGGAAAGAAAAAUAUUGUGAGAGUUGGAACAGGAACUCAACAAAUUUCAUGCAGGUUGUUAAGAAGCUAUGAUUUGGCAUAUUAUUGCAAACUGUGUAUGAACAUUUCUUUGUGUUUCAUUCAAAAGUUUUUAUGAUAAUUAAAGAUGAAUAUAAAAUAAUAAAAUAAAACUAAUGAAAUCCA